UUUGAAAAUAUGUUUACUCUGUUUGCCUUUGCAUAAUAUGACAUUUUAUCGAAAGAUCCGAAGUGUGACAAACAAGCGAUAAUACAAUUUGAAUGAAUGAAUGAAUGAGAUCAGUUAUAGCCUAGAAUACCCUAAACAUAUGAUAGCCUAUAUUUAAGUAGUAAAACAUUUUAAAGGAACAGUAGGUCGAAUACAAUGACAGAAUCAACAGCGUGUUUAGCCUAAUUAUAGGCGCUUGCUAGAAAUUAUUUGCGAUCCGGGUUGUUAGCAUUCAGAUGUUUGACGUCGUGUUUUUGUUGGUUCUGACAGGGCUAAAUUUAUACCUCUCUGUAUUAGAAUCAUGUUCAGGAAUGUGAAGACUCAGAUGUCACACAGUACUGACCAAGCUGGACAGCGAUAACCUUUUCUAGUAUAGCAGAGGGCACGCAUGCCAGACCUAACUCGAGCGCUAUUGGGAGGCUAAACACUGGACACAAACACUUGAUUGGUAAUAAUCAGUGUUCCUCUGAUCUCUACCCCGCCUCAAUGUGCACGGGACGAAAACGUUUUCACGGUUUGAACACCGGUGUCUUUCACGGAAAUGUCCGAAUGAGAUAGGCAAUGGGAGCAACACGAAAGACAGUGAUGAACGCGUCAGCUGGAACCGGAGUUUUUGUAUUGUCCAUGCUGUCAAUACCCAUCUCAUACAUCUUUAACUUUUUAGUUUAUGCAAACAGCACCGAAGCACUUGUUGUGGCAGGGGCGUUAAUUUUACUUGUCAUCGCAACGUCGGCUCGCAUUUUGUUAAGGAAAAAGCUACCUAAAGAUCCUCUUUUCUAUGUUUACGCAAUAUAUGCAUUCUUUAGUGUGGUGAACCUCAUCAUAGGACUUGAGCAAGAUGGUAUCAUAGAUGGAUUUAUGACCUUUUACUUAAAAGAGGCAGACCCUUACAUCAACACAGCACACGGACAUAUGAUUUCCUACUGGGAUGGCUGUGCACAUUAUCUCAUGUACUUGCUGAUGGUUGCAGCAAUAACCUGGGGGGCAAGUUACAGAGCUAUUGGCCUCUACUGGGUGGGAUCCUUCCUAAUGCGCAUAAUAGUCUACAUUCCUGGCAAUGUUGUUGGAAAGUAUGGGACCCAGCUGAGCCCCCUGUUCUUUGUACACUCAUUGUACAUCCUGAUCUCCGUGUGGGCAUGUUUUCGUGUCUUCAGCCAGCCACCCACACAGGAAGCACUGUCCACGAGCAUCCAGGAAGUCCAUAAGCAGAGUCUGAUGCAAAGACCGCUGGAUUUCAUCUUUGCCAUCUACCUCAUCCUUGCCAGUGCUUUCUGCAUCUUCAGAGGUUUGGUUGCACUGGACUGUCCAACCCAGUGGUGUCAGGAGUACGUCCAGCGCUGUGAGCCUUACCUGAAAGACCCUUCGGCCUAUCCAAAAAUCCAGAUGUUGGCAAACAUGUUUUACUCUGUGCCGUACUACACGAUAAUGCUCUAUGGACUGGUUGUCCCAGGCUGUGACUGGAUUCCUGACCUGACACUGGUACACUCCGGAGCAGUAGCACAAGCCCAGUUCUCACACAUCGGUGCCUCCCUACACACCAGGACACCCUUCACCUACAGAGUCCCAGAAGCCAGCAAAACCCUCUUCCUGAUAGUCAACACCCUGUAUGGCCUGAUACCCCAAAUUCUCAGCUACCGCUGUGUUAACAGCCCCCACUUCUUCCUAAAACACAGACAGGACAAAAAUGACUGAAUCGAACCACCAAUAUUCUGUACAAACCAGACAGAUAGCUUUCCUACUGUACUUUAUCCAGGUUGAUAACAAAGAAAGAGGAUUCUGCUGUUUCCUGCUAAGCUAGCUAUAGACAUUCUGUCUUCAGCUACACUCCUUUAUAUAGAUAUAUGUAUAUAUUAUUUUGAGCCACAGAAUCAGAACACUAUGAGAUUCAACAUUGUGGAGAGACCCUUUAAGAAUGGGAGCUGACCAUCUGGUUAUUAUAGGCAGCUAGUGGCAGGGCUACCUUACAGUGUAACACUCACAUCUUCGGCUCCAGACUUUGGGUUCCAUCCUCUCCUAGUGUGAAACAUUCCUUUUCACUGAAAGGAAACUUGAUACCUUAUUUUGUGCUUUAAAAUUUUUAAAAAAUAUAUUUUUAAGUUGUUGUCACUGGUUAAUAUUGGAUUUCUGCUUUUAUUGAGUUAGAAUAUAUUUCUGUCUUGUUUCUAUGGUUUACUUUUAGUUUGAACUCUUAUAAACAUCAUUUGGAGAACAGUGGUACUACACAAGUAUCUGGGGCUACUUAACUUUGAUAAUUGAAAAAUAUUUGCAACAUUGUAUUUGGUACAAUUCAGCGAUACGGAGCAGUUAAAUGUAUAGAUCUCAAGAUGUAUUCUGUAAAUGAUACUUUUAAAUCUGUAAGAAACAGUAAAAUUACUUAUUUCAA